UUUUUUGCUGUUCGUAGUCCAUACUCCAAACAUUAUACAUAUUUAAAAUGAUAACAAAUAUAAUUAUCGAAUACAAAAACAUUAAGUUAGAUAAUAUUAUUUCUAUGAAACUGAUUUAAUCGUUAGUUUUAAUAAUAUUAUCAGUCCUAUCAUAUUACCUUGUUAAUCAACAUAUACCUCUAUCGACGGUUUUGAAACACCUUGAUUUCAUAAUUCAAAACGACAACUUAUUUAUGUUUAUUCUUAAAUUUUAUACAAAAUAAUUUUAAAACUGUGAUCAUUUUUCAUUUUUAUAUAUUCACUACCGUAAUAAUGAAACAAAUUGUAAAAAAUUUCAACUACUUUUAAAAACUUGAAAACGGAACAUUCAACCAAAGACAAGCCAAUAAUUGAAUAUCAGAGAAUAUGAUUCCAUUAAAAUUACACCAUCAAAGAAAAAGAUUUACCGAAAAUGACAACUUGAAGGUUGGGUCUUGUGUUGAAAAAAAACCAUGUGGCUCAGAGGCUGCAUGUCAACAGCUAUCAAGUAAUACUUAUAUGUGUAUUUGUCCUCUAGACUCAAGUCCGGCAACCAAAGACUUAAAGUGUCCUAAGCGAUACACUGUUCCGAUUGCACCAAAACCAUUCAUAAAUCUAAGCAUCAACAAAAAUGGACAUAAGGCGACAUUAUCAAAUCCAUUAUUACAAAGCACAACAAUCAAUCCAAUCCGAUCGAAAUCGAUAAACGAUACGACAUCAUUUUUUUCGUUACAAUUCAAAUCAUUUCACUUAAACAUACUCGGCUUUGUUCUACCUGUUAAUCCUAUUCUGCUGCUUGCAGCAUGUGUGGCGGCUUUUGUAACAGUUGUAAUCGUGUUAGCUGUUUGCUGUGGCAAAGCGAUUAAACGUCCCUGCUGCAAACGAAAAAAUAAGAUAAAACAAAAGAUGUCUGAGGUACCUAUUUUCAAAGGUAUGAUUCAGGACGACUGUUAUGCUUUGAGCACUCAAUACUCGACACCAUCUUUAGAAGACAACAUAAUAAGAGAUACUAUACUAAUACCUUAUUUGAGCAAAGACUGUAUAUCCCACAUGGAGGAAAUUGGUCAGGGAUAUUUCGGAAAUGUUUAUAAAGGAACACUGACACAUACAGAUGGAAAAGUUGAAACUGUAGCAAUUAAAGUACUAAAAGAUCAUGCUAAUGCAGAAGCUAAAGAAGAUUUUAUGCGAGAAGUGGAGAUUAUGACUUAUUUCAGACAUCAGAAUAUUCUUACAUUAAUUGGAGUGUGUCCACAAGAAGACAAAUAUUCUCCUUGGAUGGUUUUCGAAUAUAUGGCUUAUGGUGACUUAACUGAAGUGUUGCGUAAUAGUAGUGAACAAUUCACAAGUUACUCAUCGGAUCUACCUAUUUUAGACAAAGACGCUCUAUUGAUUAUAUCAUUACAAAUAGCAGCUGGUAUGAAAUAUUUAGCCAGCCAGCGGUUUGUACACAGAGACCUUGCAUGCAGAAACUGUCUUGUAGGAAACAACUUAAUUGUGAAAAUUGCUGAUUUUGGAAUGAGUCGAGAUAUAUAUACUUGUGAUUAUUAUAAAGUAGGAGGUUCCCGACUUCUUCCUGUACGAUGGAUGUCACCUGAGAGUGUUGUUUACGGUAAAUUUACUUUGGAAUCAGACGUAUGGUCAUUUGGAAUUGUACUGUGGGAAAUCUAUUCGAUGGGAAAACAGCCAUACUAUGGGUACUCCAAUGACGAGGUAUUAAAAUUAAUCCACGAUGGAGUAUUGCUUGAACUUCCACUCAAUUGUCCGCCCGUCAUUUGUGUUUUAAUGAAUGGCUGCUGGAAAAGUGACCCUAAAGAACGUUUGAAAUUUUCAGACAUAUACGAAAGACUUAAAAAUGUAACCAAACGACCUGAGCUGGAUAGCCCUUUACCUCGACCUCCAGCAUUACCAGCUAUUGUAGAUCAUCUCAGUCUUAGAAAAAUACCAUCAGAAGAGCUAUUAGACAUUGACAAUUAUUUAUGUCCAGAUGAACUAGACAGUUUAAGAGAAUAUAUAUUGCCUUUGCCAUAUUAAAACAGUUGCUUGGUCAAUUUUAGUUCCUUUAUAACUAUUAAUAAGUGUUAUAUACUUCAAUGUUGAGAAAUAAUUAUUUCAUCAAAUUGAGAAUUUUGAUAUUACUAUUUUUUUAUUGUAUAAAUAAUUAUACAUGGCUCAUUGUGAUUGCAUUAUAAAAAUACUCAAUAUACCAUAUUUAAAUGUUUCUUUAAAAUUUAAUCGUAUUUAUCAUUUAAAUGUAUAUACACAUUAUAAAAUUUGUAAAUAUUCACUUA